AUGACAAAAAGGAUUUACACUUUCUUUUAUUUUUUUUCUGUGUGUUUCCAUCCACAUAGACUCUAUCUAUCUCUCUAUUCAUAUUCUGUCGUGCUCGGAUCUCACUCGCCAUCUUUUUCUAUUUUCUCAACUUCUCUUAUGCUUUCUCUCUGCGUUCAUCUCCUUUUCCUCCUUUUUUUAUUCAUAUUCACUCUCUCCCUACUGUCUCUCACCCUAUCUCCCUAUUCCUCUAUUUCUCUUCUCCAUUUUAUGCUCCGUUCUUUCCCUUCCUUAGUUCCUCUUCCUUUCUAUUCAUAUCCACUCUCCUCUUACUGUCUUUCAGCAUAUCUCCCUAUUUCUCUACUUCUCUCUCCUUUCUCUCCCUCUCUUAAUUCUUCUUUUUUAUUCAUAUCCUGUCUCCCGCUACUGUCUCUCAUCAACUCGCCCUAUUCCGCUGCUUCUCUCCUCCCCUGCCCAAUCUCUCUCUUCCCCCCUUUCUCUCUUUCUCUCCAUCCUAGUUCUGCCCCUCUCCCUUUAUCUUCCAUUCUCCAUCCGUCUCCGCUCUUUUCUUCUCUCUGCUCCUCUCACUAUCUCUCCAUUCUUCUCUAUUCCUCUCUCUCCCUCUGUUCCUCUACCUCUCAGUGCCACUUCUUCGUGUUUCUCUCAGUUGUCUACUUUUUGGCUCGUCUCUUCCUUUCUAUUUAUAUCCUCUCUCUCUCUCUCUCUCUCUUCAUCCUAUUUUGUCCCUCACCCUCUUUCUCCGUCUCUCUAUCUGUCUUCAUUCUUUUCUUCUCUCUAUUCCUCUCGCUAUGUCUCCACCCCUCUCUAUACGUCUUUCAGUUCCAUUUCUCUGCGUUUCUUUCUGUUUUCUGCAUAUUUCUUGGUUCUUCUACUUUCCCUCUGCGCUCUUUCUGUUCCUCUCUCUAUUCGUCCUGGUUCUUUUACCUAUCUCUCUGUUUCUCUCCCUGUCUAUCCAUUUCUAUACUCCUCUUUCUCUCUCUCUCUCUCUACUAUCACUACUCCCCCUCUCUCUCUCUUCCCUCCUACUCCGCACAUCUGCGAUGCUUCUAUUUCGUUUUUCUUUUAAAUCGUGUUGCCUUGUAUGACUUUUUCUUUUUCUUUUCUUCUUUUCUUCUCUCUCUCUCUCUCUCUCUCUCUCUCUCUCUCCAGCUUUUUCUCUUUUCGCUAUCGAUCUCAAUUAGGGGUCUUUUCAAUUGGCUACAAAUUUUUAGUUUCUCUUUUACUUUAACUAGCUAUUGCGAUCAAAUUGAAAAUGUUACUCUCUUGCUACCUCGCGCUCACCCUGCUAAGCCCAGCACCUGCCCUUCCCGCCUCUUUCUUUACCGUAACAAAACCUCUAGUCUCGGCCGCCUUUCUUCUUCCCCGCCCACCCUCGACCAACAUCCACCGCUACCAAUGAUCAAACACCCACUCUCACUACCCUCACUUACUCGCAUCUUCCACUCAAUCCCCUUUUCACUCACUCAGCCUUUCCCACCCAGGCUUUUCAAUCACCCAUCCUUAUUAAAGACGUUUCAUUCUCUUCCCUUCCCUAUAGCCCCCAUCCUUAUUAAAGACGUUUCAUUCUCUUUCAUUCCCUAUAGCCCCCCAUCCUUAUUAAAGACGUUUCAGUCUCUCUCAUUCCCAAUAGUCCCCAUCCUUAUUAAAGACGUUUCAACGUUUCAGUCUAUUUCAUUCCCAAUAGUCCUCAUCCUUAUUAAAGACGUUUCAUUCUCUUUCAUUCCCUAUAGCCCUCCAUCCUUAUUAAAGACGUUUCAGUCUCUCUCAUUCCCAAUAGUCCCCAUCCUUAUUAAAGACGUUUCACCCCCAUCCUUAUUAAAGACGUUUCAUUCUCUUCCAUUCCCUAUAGCCCCCAUCCUUAUUAAAGACGUUUCAUUCUCUUUCAUUCCCUAUAGCCCCCCAUCCUUAUUAAAGACGUUUCAGUCUCUCUCAUUCCCAAUAGUCCCCAUCUCCCCAUCCUUAUUAAAGACGUUUCAUUCUCUUUCAUUCCCUAUACCCCCAUCCUUAUUAAAGACGUUUCAAUCUCUCUCAUUCCCUAUAGCCCCAUUCCUUAUUAAAGAGCCCCCAUCCUUAUUAAAGACGUUUCAUUCUCUUCCAUUCCCUAUAGCCCCAUCCUUAUUAAAGACGUUUCAUUCUCUUUCAUUCCCUAUAGCCCCCAUCCUUAUUAAAGACGUUUCAGUCUCUCUCAUUCCCAAUAGUCCCCAUCUCCCCAUCCUUAUUAAAGACGUUUCAUUCUCUUUCAUUUCCUAUAGCCCCCCAUCCUUAUUAAAGACGUUUCAGUCUCUCUCAUUCCCAAUAGUCCCCAUCCUUAUUAAAGACGUUUCACCCCCAUCCUUAUUAAAGACGUUUCAUUCUCUUCCAUUCCCUAUAGCCCCCAUCCUUAUUAAAGACGUUUCAUUCUCUUUCAUUCCCUAUAGCCCCCCAUCCUUAUUAAAGACGUUUCAGUCUCUCUCAUUCCCAAUAGUCCCCAUCGUUAUUAAAGACGUUUCAGUCUCUUUCAUUCCCUAUAACCCUCAUCCUUAUUAA